AUGGCAGAGUCUCCACCUCGGGUGGACUCGUCAGCUCCAGACGUCGGGGAUCCGACGUCAAUGAUGGAGAGACUUCGUUUAGGGGAUGACGGAGGAAAGGAUGAUGAAUUUGACAAUAAGUCAGUUUCUUCUGCUCAAUACUCUCAAGCAUCAGAGGCAACGACAGCUGUCAAACAACAACCGUUUUUGCAUACGAUGACCAAAGUAUACUGUCACAUUGACGACGAAACAGAUCCCUACAUGCUCGAAGUGCACGUACCACCGGAUCUUAUCACUUUGGGAGAUUUGAAACGAGUAUUAAUGAGAACAAACUUUAAAUACUACAGAAAAGCAUUGGAUCCGGACUCUGGAUAUGAAGUGAAAGCUGAAAUUCGAGAUGAUUCUCAACGACUAACGCCUUCUUCGAAUAAUCUGUUUGAACUAUUUUUAUUAACAAUCGAAGGAUCAACUCAUUCGGAUGGAAGCAGUGGGAAAAUGAGAAAAUAUCCAUCAGUACCAGGACCAGCACCAUCCAAUAGAAGUGGACCACCAAUGAAUUAUCAACAUGCUGCUUAUCAAUUUGAUAAUUCUAUGAUGAGCACAGAUUCUGAGUCAAUGAUAUCUGCUGCCAUACCUGGAUAUCUCAAAAGUGCUGCCUAUAAUCGACGGUUUCCGCAGCAUUAUCUAGCAAUGAGUAUCAAGUUAGGAGUUGCUCGAGAACGAGCCAUUCCGGCUAGUUCGAAUACACCAUCCACAUCAUCAAUGACGACUUCAUCCGAUGUCCUCCGUUCACUUUUAUUUACUGCAAAAGAACGAAAAGUGCUCUCAACAUACACAGCUCCACCUUCACAUCGAAAUCAUUCCCCGGGAGUUGUUUCCCAAUUAAUCAACAAAAUCGAACAGAAGGCGUCACCACCCACGACGUCUUCUAGAACGAAGAAAAAGAAGAAGGCUCCUCCACUUGCUCAAAUUGAUGAUUUAGACUUAAUCGAAGAUGAAAAGACUGUUGUGGAAGUUGCCAAAAGUCCCAGAAGAAAAAAGUAUACAGGAAAUCCUCUGGGUAACCUGAAAAUCCUAAAUGGCUUUUUACCAUCCAGCAAAACCACCGAUGAUAAAGAAAAUGACUCCGUUCCAAGUACUGGAAAGAAACUCAAAAAGAGCAAGAGCAAGAGUAGAGUUGAGCCAGAAACCGAUCCACCAUUCCGAUUAAAACGAACUCUGACGGAUUUAACUAACAACCAUACACCUUCUGGAUCCACGUGGCGCCAAAUGGUCUCAAAUGCUCUAGGAGGUCCACUCAAAAAACGUCUGAGUGAAGGUGCUCUGUUCUUCCCCGGAACCAGCAAAGCAGCAGAUGAUUGUGUCGACGAAGAGGGGGGUAAUACGAAGACGAAAACGAAGAGCCCAUUUUUACAACGACGGAAACAAAACGAAAAAAGUGCAGGAGGCGCCAACAGAAAAGAGUCCGGUGGUUCCGCCUCCUCGUCGUUUUUUGGAGCUCUUAUCAGAUUAUCUCACUCGGCUGCAAGUUUAACCUCGUUAACUUCACUUGGUGGUUCAAGAUCGAAUUCUGCAUCACCGUCAAGUUCUCGAUCCAACACAAAAGAAUUCAAAGAGGAACUGAAACCACCUCAACCACCACCACCAGAUCUUAUUUCUCCAGCUGCUGCCCUUUCAAAACCUAUAUUUUCACUUGCUCCUCCAUCCUCUCCUGUUUCUUUGACGCCUCCAUCCAGGGAGCUUCGGAAAUCCAAAACGUGUCAAAUCACCACCGAUCGUCCUCCAAUUAUUCCUAGUAUUACCAUUUCUGAAAGUCGAAGUCUGAAUCGAAUUGAUCGUUGUCGUCCGGUUACUGUCGAUGGAAGCAAUCUUACUCCGGAUCGUCGUCCAUUAGUCUCCAGAAGAAGCACGAUGAGUCGGACAAUGUCUCUGAUUCCGACUAGUCCUUCACUUCCCCCUCUAUAUGAAGAAGAAAUGGCAAGUACGGCGGCAAUGGUAGAUGAGGAAAGAGAGGAAAAAACUCAAAAACGGAGGAUGAGGAGGUAUGGAGGAUCCAACACGACAAGUACAUAUCAAGGAAGAAAGGAUGCUGCUCCAGAUGCAUCACCACGAAGGCAUCUCAUUGGUUUCUUACAUAGAACAUCACAUUUAUCAUUGACUUCUGAAUUGAGUGCAGACGCUUCAUUUUAUUUGAUUGGCCAUCGAAGGCAUCUCGAAGAAUCGACAAUUGGUUCAGAAUCCGAUGCGAGAGUAUUUUCAGAUGACGAUGAUAGAGGGUCCACAACAACCGACUUCACAUCCGUCUCCCGACAACAUGAAAAAAUGGCAAAGAAGAAAAAGAACAAGAGAAACUUUAGGAAGCCAUCGAGGGCUUCUUCCUUUUCCAGCAUCACAGAAUCCUCAAUGAGCCUUGAUGUGAUCACUGUAAAUCUGAACAUGGAUACUGUCAACUUUCUGGGAAUCUCAAUCGUCGGUCAAACAUCGAAUUGUGGAGAUAAUGGAAUCUAUGUAGCAAAUAUUAUGAAAGGAGGAGCAGUGGCAUUGGAUGGAAGGAUUGAAGCUGGAGAUAUGAUUUUACAAGUCAACGAAACGAGUUUCGAAAAUUUUACCAACGAUCAAGCUGUGGAUGUGUUAAGAGAAGCUGUCAGCCGUCGUGGUCCAAUCAAAUUGACGGUUGCCAAAAGUUUUGAGAAUGGUCAGAGCUGUUUCACGAUACCCCGGAACAGUAGAGAAGAGCCAGUGAGGCCAAUCGAUACACAAGCUUGGAUUCAGCAUACAAAUGCUAUGAGAGGAAUGCCGAGUAUUGUAGAAGAAAGCGCCCCAACUCCAAUUCCAGGUGAAUGGCCACAUGGACGUCCUCCAAGUAGCUCCACGGUCACUUCAAACGGAUCAAAUGGUCAGAAUACUGUCGUUGGAAAUGGAGCUCAUAUUCAUCUUGAUAUCCAUACUGAUAAGAAAAAGGUUGUUGAGAUAAUGGCUAUGCCAGGAUCAGGACUUGACAUCAAAAAUCGAACAUGGCUCAAAAUCCCAAUACCUAUGUCUUUCCUUGGGUCCGAUUUGGUCGAAUGGCUAUUGGAUCGAAUCGAGGGACUCCGAGAGCGGAAGACAGCUAGAAACUAUGCAGCGGACUUGCUGAAAUUGAAAUAUAUUGCACACGUGGUGAACAAAGUCACAUUCACUGAGCAGUGUUACUAUGUGCUGGGAGACGAGUGUGCUGACUAUGCCCGAUUCCGAAAUGAAGAUGGUGGUCCAAAAUAUCAAUGGACGAUGGGAAUGAAUGGAAUGUCUGCUGGAAAUGGUAGUUCUGUGAUGCUUCCACCACCACAAUUCCCUGGAGCAGUACCAUUUAAAGGAAUGGCUCCAUCAAUGGUGAGCGACGGCGAAUCGCGCAUGUAUGUUAUGCACAUCUGA